UGUGCCGUUAUAUCUUGGUUUUGAAAGCAUAACAAGGGAAGAUAUUAUCAACCAUCACACUAGACCGUUAGCCAAGUCCCUUUUGAUGCAAAUGAUGGGAAAGUUAUUUUAGUUCUUGAUGGAACUUAUGUUUAUAUUCAGAAAAGUAAUAAUUUUAGCUUUCAAAGACGUUCAUAUUCAAUGCACAAAGGUCGUCCAUUAGUGAAGCCCAUGGUUAUUGUCACAACAACCGGAUACUUUGUUACAGUGAUGGGCCCUUAUUUUGCUGAUUCAAAGAACAAUGAUGCUUCUAUCCUGAAUCAUAUGUUGAAAACAAAUACUGAAGAGAUAAGGGACUUUAUUCAGGAGGAUGAUAUUUUUGUUGUCGAUAGAGGUUUCCGUGAUUCUCUUGAACUUUUACAAGAUUUAGGCAUUAGGGUGGAAAUGCCUUCAUUUUUAUCCAAGGGGCAAAAACAGAUGACUUGCGAUGAUGCAAACAAUAGUAGAUUUGUAACCAAGAUUCGCUGGGUUGUAGAAUCGGCAAAUGCCCGGAUUAAAAGUUGGAAAUAUUUUAAUCAUGUUCUCCCAACUAAUCAAAUUCCAUACAUUGGUGACUACAUAAGAAUAGUUUGCGCAAUAUGCAACAAGUAUUUUAAACCACUUUGCAAUGCUGAUAGUGAUGACGAUUCACGUUUGGCCUCAAAGAUGCGUGCAUUAUCAUCAAACGCAAACAUAUUGAAAUCUUAUGUUGAAGAUAAUAAUCUUGAAAGAAGAUCAGCUUUAUGGAAACCUGUGGACGACUCAUCAUUGCAAAGUUUUCCAAGGUUUAACGAAGAACAGUUGAGAUCGUUGACGUGUGGCGUAUAUCAACUUAAAAUGUCAUCAAGUUAUAUACAGGAACAUUUAGAUGGAAACUGUGAAAUCCAAGUCCACAAUGAUGAUUCUGAUUUGAUCCGGGUACGGAUCCAAAGUCGGCACACGUCAUCCAGGAAAUAUCUGUUAUGGAUAAGAUUUUCUGCUGCAGAUAUUGAAGCUUGGUAUUGCAAAUGUCGUGCUGGAGAACGUGUUGUUGGUAUGUGCUCACAUAUUGCCUCUGUUGUAUGGUAUUUAAGUUACGCAAGGCAUUUACAAUGUCAGAAGUUUGGUGUACACAACUGGGGAGAGUAUCUUGCAGAUGCUGGCAAAAUACCAGAGACAAUAGAUGAAACUGACUCUGAUACAGACGUUAGUGUUAUAGAAGAAUAGUGGACUUCUAAAACUUUGUUGUUUACAUUCUGCUUAUUUCGCAGGGCUCUGCAACAAUUAAACUGCAGUGAAGUACUAAUUGUAAGAUUUUUCUUUCACAAAUGGAUUGUUAUAACAGUGGAAGUACAAUUAAUCCUUGAAGUAAUUAAUUGUAAUUUACUUACGUUAUUGAUUUAAACAUAUUUUAUUGCUCUUUUUGUACACAUUUAUAACGUUAUAUUAUCAUAAUAUAAACACAAAAGUAGCAAAACGGUUGAACCAUGAGUUCUUACAACAUCAGCAAACGGUUUUCCCUGAUAUAUUGAAUUAUCUUAUAAUAAUAAUAAUGAUAAUAAUAAUAAGACAGUUACAAACCAAAUUGAAUGAUAGUACAAACCAAAUUGAAUGAUAGUACUUGUGUUAUUGAU